CACGAUUAUUUGCAAAUAUGUAUACUAUUUUGCGGGACAAUAAUAAACGUAGUAAACAUGGAAGCCUCCUCUUGCUUUUUUCGAUGACUUCCUGCAUCCACAUGGGAUUGUCGCUGCGGGUGAGAGGUCAAUGUUGACUUCCAUAUAUCCAGUAAUAUUAUGCUGCGGCAUCCCGGGACAAUGUGACCCUCCUCGGAUCACCUUCAUUAGCUGCCGACUUGAAGCGCAAGACAGCACGGCAGCGCCGGGAUUAAACCCAGGGUGUCUCCAGCUGCACCAUCUUCCACCCGGGCUGCAGUUUGACCGUAGCACGGGGAGCUCCCUUGUCCCCUGCGGGUGACCAUGCGACAGUGGUGCCUUCCUGCUGUGGCUCCACGCGCUGAACCGCUCCCAACGGGCCGAGUGUCACCUCAAAUCUCAGAUGACAGGAUGGAGUGUUGUGACGUGGAGCCACGCUAUACCAUUGAACAAAUUGACCUGCUCCAGCGGUUAAGGCUGUCAGGAAUGACCAAACCUCAGAUCAUACAAGCCCUCGAGUCUCUGGAGAGGCUUGAUCCAGACCAUCGCACUCAGUACUUUAACAACCACACAGCCCCAUCUGAUGCCCCUACCUCUGCAGCCCCUGCUGCCCCCUCUUCCUCAUCCUCUUCCUCAUCCUCUCUUACCUCAGCAACCACUCAGACCCCUGUUAUGGAUUCUGCCUUAUCACCUAGCAACAGUUACGAAGCCUCGCCCCCGCCCCUGUACCCAUCCAGCGGAGUUCAAAGGUCGUUCAGUUACGAGUUGGCGGAAGAGGACUGGGAUCUAGAAGAGAAGGUGGAGGAAUACAUGAGGAGGGACAGUAACCUUGUGAAAGAAGAGAUUAAAGCUUUCCUUAAUAACAGGCGGAUCUCGCAGGCGAUUGUGGGACAAGUCACAGGUAUCAGUCAGAGCUACAUCUCCCAGUGGCUUUUACAGCAAGGUCUGGAGAUGAGCGACUCCAAACGCAGGGCGUUUUAUCGCUGGUACCUGCUGGAGCGUAACAGCCCAGGAAUCAGAUGGAGUGAAAACCAGCAUGCUCAGGUCUCCAGGAGCAGGACUGACACAGCCUGGCAUAGACAGAGAGAACUUCUGAUGCAUCUUCUUCCCUGGUAUUCUGCUCAACAGUCUCAGUCAGGUGCCACUUUGUCCAUGCGUUCCCUGGUUAAAGAAGAGCCUGAUUGGAGGUUGACUGGUAGUCCUGGAGACAGAGCAGUGGUUGGUCCUUUCAGACUGCGCAGGGGGAGCCGAUUUACCUGGAGGAAAGAGUGUCAGUCAAUCAUGGAAAGUUUCUUUAUGGAGAAUCAGUAUCCUGAUGAGGCCAAGAGAGAGGAAAUUGCCAACGCCUGUAAUGCUGUCAUUCAAAAACCUGGAUGCAAACUGUCAGAGUUUGAACGGGUCACUGCACUCAAAGUGUACAACUGGUUUGCCAAUAGGAGGAAAGAGAUGAAGAGACGUGCCAAUAUAGAGGCUGCCAUACUAGAGAGUCAUGGAAUCGAGGUGCCCAGCCCCAGCUGUCAAUCAAACAGUGAAGAGGUUGAGACUCAAGAGUUUAGCGAUCAUGUUACAAAUCACCGCUUCACUGAGCAAGAGGAACUUUUGCAGAGAAAGGACAUAGAGCAAGACGCUUCCAUGUUACCCGCUGUAGAAGUGCCAUCUCUUCCAAGUCCCGCCUCUCAAGUGUCCGACCAAAAGCUGGAUGAAUCAAAAAGGGAGGCUGCUGAAGAGGAUUAGCCAAUGGGUGGAGUCUUGUUUUUGUUCUCAGUAAGGCCUGACCAUAAGCUCUCUGGUGUCUCUAGUGGUACGGAGGCCACUUUAUGUAUCUGCAGUAAUUACGCUUGUAGUAAUGGCAAUAUUUAUCUCUAUACAGUAUAUUGUGCAUUCCGAAACGGUCUUAACUCUUCCCGAGAGAGGGAAAUGAUGUGUAAGGUGCAUACUGGUAACCUUUCUCAACAUGCUAGUGCUGAUUCCUGUCAUUUCUCAUUAUUCUCAUACUGUACGUCACGGUUUCAUCAAUCGAAACCGUUGAAGGAAAGCAUCUGGAGUAAGAGGUCUAGAGAGAAACCUGCAGGACAGGUGUUUCAAGUCAACAGAAAGGGUCCAAUGAACACUGUUUGGAGUCUGUACGAGUGUUAGGAGAACCUAAUUGUCAUAUGCAAUAUGCAAGAUGGGACGGAUACACCAACUCAGGUAGAACUCAGUUUGGGAAUGAAAAGAGAUGUUGUUUGUUUCAUCCCAGUCUCAUUGUCGUUAAAAUCAAUGAGUUAUGCAUAAUGAUGGUUCUUUAUUUCAUCAGACUUACCGGACUGUGUACAUAUUUCUUUGUCUUUUCAAGUUGUUUCCUCAGAUCUGAAAGUAAUAUUCAGAUUAUCGCUCUUGUCUGUUUUUGUAUACACAAUGAUUGUUUAUAUCCAGCCACUUAAGCUACACCGACCCUGACAGGUGUUGGGGGGUCAAACGCUUCAAGUUUAUUUUUUACUUUUGUUUGCUAUAAGCAUCAUUUAUUAAUAUAGAAUGUAGAAUAUAUGUAACUAUAUAAUAUCAGCAUCUAAUGCAACAAGCUGCUUUUGAAUGGAUGGACAGCCACCAUUUGAAUUCUGGGUCUCAAAAGCCAAAGCUAGAGUAAAGCAAUGGAUUUUACAUCAUCAAAGAGAAAAGUGCUUAUGGCACAUCAGUGUGUCACAAUGAGAGACGCUAUGAGCGUAUAAAGGCUUUAAGCUGCACAGUAAGGAUUAUUCUGGCCAUACACAAACAAGAUGCAAAUGCUAAAUGCCAUCAAGGCCUCAUUCUCUGUUUUUCCUAAUGACAUUAAACAAUAAACUGAACAAUAUGUAA